AUGGCGUACACAGAUGGCGGCCCGCACCGAUCACCGAUUGGACACGACGACGCUAUUCCCAUUGAGGCUGUGCCAAUAAUGGAUGUAAGGGCUUCCUCGGGGGUGUCAGGAUGGAACCCUCAGAUCACCAGCACGCAUAUACCCAUGCGGUCCACGACAGCCGACCUCGACCUUACUCAGCAGGACAACUCACUCAACCUCGCAACCCCGCCGGCGACCAGCUCUGAUGGCGAUAUAAGCACUCAUCCCGCCGCUCCCGACGAAUGUAGCAUCUUCUAG